UUUUUAUCAUAAGCUGUUUCCUUGUGAUAAUCUAUGACUGCUUCUGGGGUCAGUGUUCUUCUUAAAAAUGUAAAUGAUUUAUUCCUUUCUCUAAUUGCUUUCGAGCAUUCCUCUGACCACCAUGGUACAUUCUUUCUUUUACUUGUACCACUUACUAGUGGGAUAGAUUGUGACAUUGCCAGAUAAAUGCCAUUCACUAUUUUAUCGUACCUAUCAUCAACACUGCCCUCUACUGACAGAUUUUCAAACUGUUCUUUACAUAUCAUUUGAAACUUUUCCCAGUCCGCCUUUUUAUAUAUCCAUCUUAAACCUAAAUUACCAUUUUCUAAUUGAAUCUUAUUUUGAAUUUCACAGAUCACAGGAAAAUGAUCACUUCCAAUAUUAUCUUUAGCUACUGACCAUAUGCAUUUUCCAGCUAAUGAUGCUGAAACUAUUGUGACAUCUAAACAUGACAUUGUACCUCUUAUUAUGUCUAUUCUUGUUGGGUUGCCAUCAUUUAGACAUAUUAGAGUGUUUUCUUCCAUGAAUUCUUCUAUUACUUCACCGUUUUUAUCUGUGUUCCUGCUACCCCAAAUACUACUGUGUGCAUUAAGAUCACCACAUAAAAUCAUUUUGUUUGAUGAUUCUCCCACGGCACCUUUUAGAAUGCCUACUGAUAAUUCCGAACAAGGAUUAUAAUAAUUUACUAUUCUAAUUACCCCCUGUAUACCCAUUACUUCUAUACACAUGCUCUCUGCAUUACUUUCAUUAUUUACACACCUGUAUAUCACAUUUUCUUUUAUGAAUGUAGCACAACCUCCACCUCUACCAUUAUUUCUAUCUUUCCUUAUUACUUUGUACCCAUUCAGCUUAAAGUCCAAUGACUUAUGUACCCAUGUUUCUUCUACACAAAUUAUAUCAGGAGAUUUACUCAUAUCUGCAGUGUAUUUUUAAACUCCUGCCCAUUAGUGAUCAAGCUUCUGGCAUUCCAAUGAAGUAAUAGGAAAGACAUGAUGAUGUUAUGUAUCACUACACUGAGAUGUAUCAUAGCUUGUUGUUAUGCUUCCUUCUGUUUUUCCUUCUUUAGGUUUUAAUAUCUUAUGGAUUUGCUCCGCUGAUAUACCAGUGCAGUUCAAGAAUUUGUUCUAUUCUACCACAAUUUUUAUUUUGUCUGAUCUUCUUUCCAGCUGUUCAGAGCCAUUCACUACUGCACAGGUAAACAGCACAAAAUCAGUUCUGCUCAUGUUUAUACUAUCUGUUGAGUUGUUUCUUGACAAGUUCAGCUGUUUCAUUGACUCAAUCGCCUGGGAAGUUUGCGCCUGUUCCCUUUGGAUUCUUGUUUCUGUUUUUUGUUUCAUUCUACGAGCUUCUGCAUAUGUUCAAUUCUGACUGGACUUUACCUUUUGGAUGUCCCGAGCCUGCUGUUGCACUGGACAUCCUGCAUAAGCAGCACUGUGCUCUCCCCCACAAUUACAGCAUUUCAUCUUAGUUCCUUCCUGACACUUCCUGUACUCAUGAUCUUCUCCACAUUUUACACAUCACAUUUUCCCUUUGCAAACAGUAGUGGUAUGUCCCAUGCACUGGCAAUUAUAACACCGUAAAGGAGGGGGAAUAUAUUCCCACACCACAUAACUGAUGAAACCUAGCUUCACCUUUACUGCUAAAUUAUUGUCUUUAAAGUGAAUCAACACAGAGAGACUCUCACAUUGUUUAUUAUCACGCCCCCCCUCCCCCCUCACACCUUUUCUCGCGAGAUUUCCCCAAAGCUCUUAAAGAGACAAGACACAUUUCUUCUUCUUCACACGGUUUUCUGCUCGGUUCUUUAUGACCAAUUUAAUCUUUAAUAGAUGUGAUGCAAAGUUUUUUUUUUUCAUAUCCAACUUUCAUGAACUUUAAUAAAAUUUAGAUGCAUGGAAAUUAAUUUCCACACACAUUUUUCUCCCCAUUCAUGUGUUAUUUGGACAUAUUGUAUUUAAAAACAAGACUAUUUUCAAGAUUACGAGACUGGAUUAAUAAAGGAUUCAUUUUCAUCAUAUAUGUGUUGAUAAAGUGCUGUAAUUGUUGCUGUUUAUAAGACUGAACACUUCUGACUGAGAUCCAGUUCAUCCCACUGAGAAUUAGUGCAUUCUGGGAUCUUGUGUCCUAAACUGGAAUAGUGACAGAAUUCAGGAAUUAAAUCAUUAUUCUCAGUCCAGAAGAGAGAAAUUCAUCACUGGAUAAAUUUGUACCAAAAUUACAGUUAAUUCAUUUGUACUCAGUAAUUAAACAUGUGUUGUGUGCUGUUUCUGAUGUAACUGAUGACUGUAACAGGUUAUAACGUGUCUCUGUAAAACUCCACCUAUUAAGGAAGUGUGGAGUCUGAGACGACUGCAGUCCUUCAGAAACAGUCUGCAGUGUUCUGCUCUGGUGAGAUUAGGUUUAUUCUCAGUUUAUGGAGAAAUCUGAGUCUCAUUUUCAGCCCUGUGUAAGGAAGUGUUUACUAACUGGACCUAAACAAUCCUGAAAUCAGCGUGUGUUUAAUUUUUAUCAAAGUGAAAGUGAAACUCUGAGUGUUCGGACUGGAGAGAACAACAGCAGCAGUAAAAGAAAAUGGCUUCUAAGUUUUCAGAGGAGGAUUUCUCCUGUCCUGUGUGCUGUGAAAUCUUCAAGGAUCCUGUUUUACUGCAUUGCAGUCACAGUGUGUGUAAAGUGUGUUUGCAGCAGUUCUGGGAGGCCAAAGGAUCCAGAGAAUGUCCUGUAUGUAGGAGGAAGUCAUCUAUGUCUGAACCUCCCACAAAUCUGGCCUUAAAGAACCUGUGUGAGACUUUCUUACAGGAGAGAAAUCAGAGCUCUUCAUCAGGGUUUGAAACAGUCUGCAGUCUGCACAGUGAGAAACUCAAACUCUUCUGUCUGGACGAUCAACAGCCGGUGUGUGUGGUGUGUCGGGACUCAAGGAAACACACCAACCACAAAUUCUGCCCCAUUGAUGAGGCAGUGACAGACUGUAAGGAGGAGAUCAAAACUGCACUGAAGCCCCUACAGGAGAAACUGAAGAUCUUUAAAGACUGUAAACUGAACUGGAGUCAGACUGCAGAACAUAUAAAGAUUCAGGCCCAACACACAGAGCGUCAGAUUAAGGAGCAGUUUGAGAAGCUUCACCAGUUUCUACGAGAUGAAGAGGCAGUCAGGAUCACUGCACUGAGAGAGGAAGAGGAGCAGAAGAGUCAGAUGAUGAAGGAGAAGAUUGAGAAGCUGAGCAGAGACACAUCAUCUCUUUCAGACACAAUCAGAGCCGUAGAAGAGGAGAUGAGAGCUGAAGACGUCCUGUUCUUACAAAACUACAAGGCCACAGUGAAAAGAGCCCAGUGCACACUGCAGCAUCCAGAGGAGCUUUCAGGAGCACUGAUCCAUGUGGCAAAACAUCUGGCCAACCUGAAGUUCAGAGUCUGGGAGAAGAUGCAGGACACUGUCCAAUACACACCUGUACCUCUGGACCCCAACACUGUUCAUCCUAAACUCAUUGUAUCUGAUGAUCUGACCAGUGUGAGACGCAGUGAUGAGAAACAGAAACUUCCUGAUAAUCCAGAGAGAUUUGAUCAAUAUUGGUGUAUCCUGGGCUCUGAGGGCUUUAACUCAGGGACACACUGCUGGGAUGUUGAAGUUGGAGACUGUACAGACUGGUUAGUGGGUGUGAUGACAGAAUCUGCUCAGAGGAAGGGGAUGAUAUACUCCAAAAAUGGAAUCUGGUAUGUGAGGUAUUAUGAUGGUAAAUAUUUGGCAUGUUCUACACCACAGACAUUCACUCACCUCUCAGUGGAACAGAAACUCCAGAGGAUCAGAGUGAAACUGGACUGGGACAGAGGAAAGCUGUCAUUCUCCAACCCUCUCACUAACACACACUUACACACUUUCACACACACAUUUACUGAUAAAUUACUGCCAUAUCUAGGUGUUUAUGGUAAAGAAUCUCCUCUAAAGAUCCUGCCACUUCAGUGCUCUGUAAGAGUGAAUCAGAUCAGUUAGAGCUGAUAGUUUUAUUCCAGAUCAUUCAUGAAAUAUUGCAGAUUAAAAGAUUCAUAUUCUUUGUGAAAGUUUGUUUUUACAGAAGCACUGAACAGUUCAUUGUGAAAAGUUUAUUGAAGUGCUGUGACCUUAUUUCAGCUCACCUUGUCAAUGAAAUCAAAAUAAUGUGAAACUGGAAAUGAUACAUCCUGAAAGUUAUUAGAUGAAAUUAAAGUUGAUUUUGAGUUAAAAGAAUUAUUUACUUUGUUGAAAUAGAGUUAUUAAUUUAAAAUAAUGUGACAUUAAGUUUAAAUAACUACAAAGAACUUUUUCCUCCACAGCUUUCAGUUCAGGGCUUCAACACACAAAUAAACCACAGGAGGAAAAUAAAAUAAUAAAAGUCUGUUUAAAUGUAGAAUCUGAAAUCUGAAAUAGAUGAUUUAAUUUUAUUGAUGUAUUUUAAAUCAUUUGAAAUAAACUGAGACUUUGAAAGCUCAUGUCUUUACUGUAUUUGUACUUGUUAGCACUAUGCUGUUAAUCUUGGGUGAAAUGUUUAGCUGGCUGUGUGUGUUAUGUGUGAAACUGUACAGUGGAGGAGAAUUCAAGCUCUCCGUUUCACUCCACCUGCACUUUGUGGUUUUACAAACAUCAGAUGGAUUUGUCACAAAUUUCUAAACCAUAGGAUGGCAGGAGGAGACUCAUUAAUAUUCAUGAGUGUAUCUCCCUUAGCUACUG